AUGUGGCCAGGGGGACUGCCUCUAGCUUUGAUCAUCUCGCUCGACGUGCUCGUGGGAUCCGAGGCAGGUCGGACGUCUUUUAGACCGCGCAACUGCACGCUGCUGUGUGUGCAGCAGGGAGCCCAAGGAUGCGAGUACUGCAGGAUUAGUGAAGAGGAUGUCCAGGCGACACUGGGCUCUGUAUCUGCCAGCCUUUUUGGAGGCUGCGUACCAUGGCCAUGUCACUCUUUUUUAGGCCGCCAGACCCCUGAGAGCUGCCAGCACUAUGUAGCCGCACCAAGAAAUGUCAGUGUUGACUUUGUGGACAGCCAGGACCCCGAAUACGAUGCCGUUGUCGUGUCAUGGAGUCCAAGCCAUUACGGUUUUGGUUUUCUACAAGGUUUCCAAGUUACUCUGCAGGCCUUGGGUGGGACUCACAUCAAAUGUCAGCUCUACCUCAUUCAAAACAACGGGUCAUUCUCUGCCACGCAUGCACAAAGGGUGUAUUAUUCAGAUCCGUUCUCAGACCUCUCUCUGGGCACCCAGUACGCUGUCACUGUUCUGGCCCUCCCCGUGCCUGAGAUAUGGGACAAAUUCCAUCACAGCACACUGUUCUUCACCCGCUCAUGUCCUGAGAAAAAUGGUUUGGACCACUGCAAAACAGACUGGUACCCCAGGCACGUUGAAGUCCAUCAACAGCACCAAGACGUUGUGGUGACUUUCAACCUUGCACCUGACAACUUCGCAAUCAGUCGCUAUUUUUCCAUGUGCUUUGGAGGGGGCUCGGGUACCUACCACAAGAUCAUCCAACCUGAUCUCAGCGUAAACAGAACACAUCAUACUUUCCACUGGCUCAAUCUACGCAUGGGAACCAACUACACAUGUGAGAUUGCAGCAGAUAUUGUGGAUGCAGUUAGGAGAUCAUUCUUUGUUCAAGUACCACAUAAUCCAAUAGGGCCUGCGUCACCACCCAGGACGAUGCUCCUCUACCUGGGCCUGCCUGUAGCCGCGGCUUUAGCAGCCAUUUUCGCUCUCGUCUGCCAGAAGAGGCUGAGGAGGACAGGAGUGCUGGGAGAGAAACGUGCAGAGAUAAUAGAAGAAUGUUAUGAAACUUCCCUGGAUGAGCAUCAGUGUGUAGAACUAACCCAGCGACCCCACCCACCUCAGCUCCUGAUUUGCUACUCGAGUAACGAUGGUCCUGCCCACAUAAAAGUUGUCUUGCGGCUGGCAACCUUUGUGCAAAAACAUAUGGCCACGCAGGUCCAUUUGGACUUGUGGGAUACCUUAAGGAUCAUGGAGGAUGGGAUUCUGGGCUGGUACUGGAAGAGGAUGAAGGAGAGUGACUUUGUGCUGGUCAUCCGCUCCAGGGGCUGGAGUCAGAGCCAGCAGAGACGGAGCGAGGAGGACCCAGAGGAGAACACCUCUCUGGCCAUUCUAGCCAUGCUUGCGGAGGAGAUGUGUCGCACCAAAGCUCUUUGCCAGGAUCUCUCCAAAUACAUGACUGCAGUUUUUGAAUACUCGCAGGAGUCAGACAGCCCAAGCAUCUUUAGCCUGGCUUCACGCUACACCCUCCCUGAAGACCUGGCCCUGCUCUUCUCCCAUCUCCAUGGGGUGGCUUUGCAGAAGCCUGGCGUUUUCCUACAGAUACGGAACAUCUCCGACAGCGCGUACUCUGAACUCCCGGCUGGUGCCAUGUUGCUCCAGGCUAUUCAGGAGGUUCUGCUCGAUGCUUAGUGUCCAUCUGAGGAGGAGAGGAUUAUAGGAAAUUUGGCCAUCACAGAAUGGAAGUAAGGGGACCUGUGGGGACUGCUGUGAUGAUGAUGGUUCAUAUCUGCACCCUGAAGAGAGCGCAGAGGGAAACGUUGCAGGAGAACACUCCUGAGAGAGACGUCGGCUUUACUGGCAUCCCAGAUAGACUUGUUUUGUAGACGCAUCUUCUCGAUUAGAUGCUGCUAUGCCAUUUUAUUAAAAAGAAACUGGUCUAAUCAUGAAUAAGCUGGUCUGUCCCUCUAGAAAGCAAUGUCAGAUAAAGAGAUGGAGAGCAGCCAGAAGAGUCGAGGGACCCUUAGCUGGCGGACUAAGUGAAUGCACGCCUUAAUGAAUGCGUGAUAUUCACUUUUCACGUUUUUAUUUUAAAAAUGUUUAUGCAAACGUGUAAAAAUAUCAAGC